ACCUGCGCCCUCCGCCCCGCCCCCAGGGAGUUUCCGGUCAGUGAUCAGUGGGUACAGACGCUCACGAAAGCUGACUCUCCGCGUGGGCGGGAGGGCGUCCCGCGUCUGGCGAGGGGCGGUGCGCACGCCUUCCUUCAAGUUAGAUGUUGACGGUGCUUCAAGGAGGGCGGGGAGACCUGAGGGAACCUUAAAACAUGAAGGUCCUCUUUCUGUUCGCUGUUCUCUUCUGUUUGGUCCAGAUGAACUCAGGGGACAUUCCACCUGCAAUUAGAAAUGUUAUCUGUCUUAUGCAACAUGGAACCUGCAGACUUUUUUUCUGCUAUUCUGGUGAGAAAAAAGCUGAAAUCUGCUCCGAUCCCUGGAAUAGGUGCUGCAUACCACAUACAGAGGAAGAAAAAAAUAAAUAAAAUAAACCAGAGAUGGAUGGUGGAUCUAGCACCUAAAAUGUAAGCUUCCAGAAGGCAGAUGGGAUCUUGAGGUAUCCUAAGGUCUUAGAAGAAUGUGUGGCUUGUAGUAGGUGCUCAAUAAAUAUUUGUUGAAUGACUCCAGCACCAGUGGUGAAGGUCUUAUAAAAGAUUUUCCCUAAAAGCUUACCUACUUUGUCUUUUUCUGUUUUUUUUUUUUUAAAGAGUCUCAGAGGGGCUU